AAUGAUUUUGAAAACAGUGGUGGUCCUUCCCAUGAAUCAGCCGAUAACAUAUUAAAUAACAAAAAUAUACAUAACAAACUAUCAAGAGAAGCAUCACCUCAUUCUAAACCUGAACGUGAAUCUUCUGCAGGUGAUACUGUUCAGGCCAGAUGUGCACGUCUUUCUGAAAAAAGCGUACAAGCUCUUAUGUGUACUG